GGAAAAUCGAACAUGACCAGCAUCAUGACGUUUGUAUCAAUCAUGGUUUCUCCCGAAACACCGAUAGUUUUUACCUUUCCGUUGCCUGAGGGGUAUUAUGAAAAGCAAGGAGUUCUUACUGUCCAACGGUCAAACCUGUAUGGAAGAAGAUCCCAUCCGACGGGUGUGAUUCGUUUGGGUUACCCUGCGACGAAAACCGAAUCAGACAUGCACAAAGUCCAGGUUGAUCUCGAAAAAUUGAACCUCAAUACUUGCGUGCUGAAUUCGAUUGGAAAGUACAGGUUCGUGUUCGUGGUGGAUAACGACGAAUUUUAUUCAAUAAACAUACCGGGGAUUUUCACGUGGCAAGAAGUCCGUAAGAAUGCGUUCCUCAAAGGCACUCCGAAGACAACUACGUGCUUUCCAGAAUUACAAAUGAUUCAAUCCAAUGAAGCAGUUCAAUUUGCUCGUGACAAUCAUUUGAUCAAGAUGUUCGACAGCAUCCCCAGUUACCACUACAUCAUGAGUCACAUCCACGCAGUGGAAGAUGCAGACGAAAGAGGCGAGCUUCCGCAUAGACGGAAGUGCAUUCACGAUCUGAACUCCAUCGUCACAGUGGAAUUCCAUGGCGGAAGGACUUGCUUACGUCCCGACGGCGGUUAUGACAUUUGCGUUCCAAGAAUGAUAAAUGGCAGAGAGAUGCAGUCAUACCAUUACAGAUCCAAGUGCACCUCCUCGUCCGGAGAUUUCGGCAUCUUGUUUUUUCCAUGUCAAUUGAACCACGCCAAGUACAAUGAGUUGUUGAUACGAGACGACGCGUGGAAAUAUCUGCAGGUUGUGAAACCUAGGCUGAAGCGCACUUUGACCGAGUUGAAGUUGAUUUGAGAUUGUCUUGAUUGAACUAUACUCGUUAUGUUCAGGUGUAUCUAUUCACUCAAUCCGGAAAAUUUAAUUUUUAGUUUCCUCGUUUAAAGGAAAGCUCAUGGAUCACCUAUUUUUGAGAAAAAGCUUCGGAUUUUCUCGCGGUAUUCCCCACCCUCUAAGAAAACUUUUUUUUACUGUACUGUACUGUACAGUACUCGUAUGUCGAGUAAGGUGCAGUUGAGGGGAAGCACAUACUACAGUUGAUCCCAUGGUGCUACUUAUUGUAUGGACGCUUUGACGAUUUAUUGGUGAGAAAUAACAUGGAAAUCAGAAUUCCGG